GUUUAGUAUAGCUAUAUAUUCUGCACGUAAUGGAUCGCAAGAAACCUAAGUUAUGUCCCAAGGCUUUGGAGUUCAUUGAAGCUACUACGCGCUUAUGGGGAGUACUUAGCAUGAUAGUUAUGUGGGGUGUUGGGACAGACUUGACUUUGCACAAACACAGCUUAGGAUCAUAUGUACUAUUCAUUGCUGUAGUUCUAACAAUUUUAGAGACAUCUUUUGCUAUUAAUCUUUACUUGGACUUAAUAAUAAAGGAUGAGAAGAAUGUAUGUUAUCAAUGUUGGCAACACAUUCAAUGGUUUGACUUGUGGAAAAAAACAAUUUUGUACUUAAUUCUUUCAAUAUUUUGUUUUCUGAGGCCCUCAAAGAUGUGGCUUGCUACGAUUGGAGGAAGCAUGUUAAUAAUAUUAGCCUUAUUAUAUCUUGUUUUUGCAUACAAGAUGUAUCUAACAGAGAGAGAAAAUAUGCUGUAUGACAAAGAUUGCUCGUAUGACAGAUUUGAAGACCUUCAAGAUGAAAUUGAUGACAGCCUCCCUGAACUACCAAGUAAUAAUGUUGGGGAUCAAGAUACAAUUCUUCGAGUGUAAAUAUACAGCAAGGAAUUUAUUUUCGAAUGUUUUCCUAGUAAUAUUUGCUGACAAAAUUGUAUACCCUGUGUUUUUACUGUGGCAGCAUUAUGUUCUUUAGGUGUGAAUUAUUUAGAGCUGUAAUUUUUAAUAUGUCAUAACUUGUCCUUUUAAACCAUGUUUAUAUUGUUUUUCUGUGGCCUAUAACAUUUU